AUGUCUGAUUCCAAGAGAAGGUGUGUAGAAAGAAGUAGGGAUCCAGAUGUUUGGCUUAGAUGGUAUGAAGAGUUAUCAAGUGGGGAGGAGAGUCCAUUAGAUGAAAAUGAGGAAGAUGAAGAAGAGAAAAAUGAAAAUAUAGUGGAAAGAAGUGAUCAUGAGACAGACUCAGAAAUAGAAUUCUCAUCAGAUCUAAAUAAAAGUCCAUCAGAGAGCGACGGUGAACAAACUGAUAAUGGCGGUAGCAAAUUUUACAUAGGGAAGGAUAAAACGACUAAGUGGAGGAAAGAAUGUGGUAAUGUACAAGUGAGAACGCGUGCUCAUAAUAAUAUCACACAUUUACCUGGAUCUAAAGGUGAUGCCCGCAAUGCAAUGCUUGCGAUUGACUGCAUAAAACUUUUUGUGUCCGACGCCAUUAUACGAAUUCUAGUUUGUUCAACAAAUAUAUAUAUAUUGAGAACAUAA